AUGACCACCAAGAUCAGAGCGAGCAAGUACCGCCACCUCUUCGGCAAGGACGAGCAGCAGCGCAACUGCUUCAACAACGUCAACGUCGGCUCGCCUGCUCCCGACGCCGAUCUUAUUCGCGCCAAUGGCCGCUACUUCGCGGUACCGUGGGCCACGCCUGGCACUCUGUGCGUGGUGCCCCUCGCCACGCCCGGCGCCGUCGACCGCGACAACCUGCCCCUCAUCGUCCAGGACGACGAGGCCUCGGUGAACGCGUUCGCCUUCCACCCGUUCGACGACCACCUCGUGGCCACCGCCACGCAGGACGCCAAGGCCCACCUGUGGCGCUUCCCCGAGGGAGGCCUCACGGCGGACAUCACCACCCCCGUGCAGACCUUUGCCGGCGGACACGCCACUCGCCUCGUGUUGAUCGACUUCCACCCGCUGGCCGAGGGCGUGCUCGUGACCGUCGGUGCCGACAAGACCGUCCGCCUGUGGGACGUCGAGUCGGCGGGCGAGCGCGUGGUGCUGACCGAUCACCGGGACCAGAUCACGUCCCUGACCUGGAACCCCGACGGCUCCCAGCUCGCCACCUUCUGCAAGGACAAGAAGCUGCGCAUCUUCGACCCCCGCGGCAAGGCCGUCGUGUCGGAGGUGGCGGCCCACGAGGGAACCAAGGGCGGGCGUGUCCAGUGGCUGGGUCCCCUCGGCCAGAUCCUCACCACCGGCUUCACCCGCCAGAGCGAGAGGGAGAUCCGCGUGUGGGAUCCCCGUAACUUUGCCCAGCCGCUCGUCACCCAGAAGCUCGACGUCUCUCCCGCGAUGCUGCUGCCGGUGUACGACGCCGACACGGGCGUGCUGUUCCUCUCGGGCAAGGGCGACGGCCUCAUGCGCACCUUCGAGCUCACCGACUCGGCGCCCUUCCUCAACCCGCUCUCGAACAAGCCGGCGGCCGGCAUCACGUGCGUGCCCAAGCACGGCCUCAACGUCAAGGAGUGCGAGAUUGCGAGGUUCUACAAGCUGUCGGGCAGGGAGGUGAUCCCCAUCUCCUUCAUGGUGCCCCGCCUCAACAAGGACUUCUUCCAGGACGACCUGUUCCCCGACACGUGGGACGGGCAACCUGCCUACACGGCCGACUCCUGGUUCGGGGGUGCCUCCGGCAACUCUGGCAACAAGGUCUCCCUCAAGCCCGCCGACAUGGACUGA